UGAAAACUUGACACAUCUUUGAUUUAAAAACUAGGCCGACAAACCCUCGCCCCCACCACCAGCCCCGGAGGCCUGAACCAUCAUACUCCACCAGUCAAGACGUAGUCUUUUACGCACUCCUCCGGCGGCUGCCCUUCUCCGCCGCUCAUCCACCGCCUCCUAAGUUUCGAUGGGGAAGAAGGUUAAAAAGAGGGCAGCGCGCAACGCUGAAAAGGAAAAACGCUUUACAACUUCUUCUCCCAAAACAGUUACACCAGAGGUUGUUCCAGCCACUGACACAGCGGUCGAUGGCAUUUCAGUAAUUAAAGAGACACCAACAUGUCCUCAUCUUGAACAAGGCAUCAAUUUCGAAAAGUUUUCUUUAAAAAUAACAUCACUGGAAUCUCAUAAAUGUGACGAUUGUAGAGAUAGUGCGACUAAUAGAAGGCCAAAGAAGGGAAAAUCGAAACAGGGAAAAGCUAAAGGAAACGGUUCGAAACCCGAAUCGAGCUCCAUUUGGGUGUGUUUGGAAUGCGGGCAUUUUUCAUGUGGUGGUGUCGGGUUUCCGACAACACCACAGAGUCACGCAGUUCGACAUUCGAAACAAAACCGUCAUCCGUUAGUUAUGCAGUUUGCAAACCCUAAUCUCAGAUGGUGUUUUCCUUGUAACACAAUUAUUCCAGUUCAACGUUUCGAGAAUGAAGAACAAAAGGAUGCGUUAUCCGAGUUUGUUAAACUUGUUAAAACUCAAUCAUCACCGGAAACACGUGUAGACGUUGAGGAUAUCUGGUUCGGAAGUGGUAGCGUUACAAGUGAGAUAAAAUCCGUAACCACCUCUACGAGUUGUGUAGAAAACGGAGAUGGGUAUAUGAUAAGAGGUUUGGUAAAUUUAGGGAACACAUGUUUCUUCAAUUCCGUAUUGCAAAAUCUUUUGGCAAUGGACGUAUUACGGGAUUACUUCAUGAAACUAGAAAAGCCUGUUGGGCCUCUUACAUCUUCUUUAAAGAAGCUUUUCAUUGAAACUGGCCCACCAACAGGCGUUCGGAAUGUCAUCAACCCGAGAUCGUUUUUCGGUUGUGUUUGUGCAAAGGCUCCCCAAUUUAAAGGAUUUCAACAGCAUGAUAGUCAUGAACUGCUUCGUUGCUUGCUUGACGGAUUGUGCACCGAAGAAUCGCGUGUACAAAAACGUUCUCAAGAUGGUAAAAGUUCUCCGAAACAUGUUACUACUUUCGUAGAUCAAAUAUUCGGGGGACAAAUAUCGAGUACAGUUAGUUGUUUGGAAUGUGGGCAUUCGUCAGUUGUAUAUGAGCCUUGUUUAGAUCUCUCACUGCCGUUACCGACCAAAAGUUCGCAAUCUAAACGGGCCACUUCGGUUUCUCGAUCCAAGAAACCGAAACUUCCUCCUAAACGGCAGGGAAAGUUUCGACCCAAAAGUAAAAAAGUUGCAAAUGUUUCAACAAGCAACGAGUCGGCAGGAACCGCUAAGCGUAUCGAAAACGGAAUCGACAAAAACAUCGCGUCAGGUGAUUUAGCGCAAUCAGAGUUACAAUCGAAUGGAGUCAAACAGGUUCAACUGGAUUCUAUUGAGCCGACCACUUUGUUGAAUAAUAACGAUAGUGGUACUGUGAAUUCAUCGAAUAUUUCCUCAUCGUUGGAUCCUGAGCCCGUUAUGGAAUCAAACGGUCAUGAUACAACCGUUGAUCAAAUCGACUCCAUUGGUCCAGAGGAAACACUAUCAUGGUUGGAUUUUCUUGAACCGGGUAAUGAUACGGUUGAUGAUACGGCAUCACAUGAUCAAGAUUCAUCUAUAAUUCAAGAUUCUGGAAAUAGUAAUGAUGUAGUUCAAGAUUCCGGAAACAGUAACGAUGUCGUUUGGGAAGAAGAGCCUCUGCUGAAAGUUCAAGAAUCGGAAGUGUUGUUACUUCCGUACAAGGAAGUCACGUCGACUAGUGAACAAGAACCGUUGGAUUUUGACGGAUUUGGUGGUCUGUUUGACGAGCCUGAUCUUGCUGACGGGCCCACUGUGAGCACCGUAUCAAACGGAAUAGAAGAAAGCGAAUCUGAUCCUGAUGAAGUUGAUACCGAUUCUCCGGUUUCCGUGGAGAAAUGUUUGGCUUAUUUCACUACCCCUGAGCUUCUAACCAAAACCGAACACGCUUGGCAGUGCGAAAAAUGUUCAAAAUCGUUGUUAGAGGAAAAAACGAGAUUAAAAAGCCAACCGCAAAAAUUCGUACCCAACGGGGGCGGAAACGGAAACGGAAUUUCAGGUGUUUCGUCUGAUUCAUGCAUCGAACAUGUGCAUUCUAACGGGUUCGGAAACAUUAAUGAUCAAAGUACAGAAAUUGCUGACGUGGCGUUGGAUAAUGGAAAGAAUGAAGACGGUCAAGAUGCAGAAUCUUUCAGUGUUAACGGGCUCGCUGAAAGUUCCAAGAAUGAGAAGGUUCUAGAAGGGCAACAUGAAGAAGAUAGCAGUGAGGAUGAAGAGGUGGAUUCUAAGUGUGUUAUGGUGGCAAGAGAUGCGUCUAAGAGGAUUCUGAUCAGUAGGGCCCCACCAGUUUUGACGAUUCAUUUGAAAAGAUUUAGCCAAGAUGCUCGAGGGCGGUUAAGUAAGUUAAAUGGUCACGUCAACUUUGGAGAAACAAUUGAUCUUAAACCCUAUAUGGACCCCAGCUGCUGCAAAGAUAGAGAGACAUACAAAUACGAGUUGGUAGGAGUGGUGGAGCAUUCAGGGACAAUGAGGGGAGGGCAUUAUGUGGCUUAUGUGAAAGGUGUUGCAAAGGGUAAUUUGGACAAUUCCUUAUGGUACCAUGCAAGCGAUGCUUACAUCCGCGAGGCUUCUUUGCAAGAAGUUCUCGGAUGCGAGGCCUACAUUUUGUUCUAUAAAGAAAUGUGAGUUACACUUUGAUAUUUCAAUUAUUUAAUUACUUCCAAAUUUCCAUCCCCUAUUUCUGGGAUUUCUUUUUUGGAAAAGUUGAGGGAUGUAAUUGAGAGAAUAUCCCUUACUGAGAAAGCAACUGAAAAUUUGUCUCAUGAGUGUACAAUAUCAACAUUAUACACCCCCAUUUUGGUUUCCAU